AUGGCCGAAUUAUCUGCCACAAGGAAACCUCCCCAUUCGAAGAUAAUGGCCGACCAGCAACACAAAGCUCCUGAACGCAUUGCCAUCAUAGGUGGCGGAAUAGCUGGUAUUGCCUGUCUCUGGGGCCUGCGAAAUCUCGCCUCUGGGGUACAUCUCUACGAGGCUAAUGCACAUGUCGGGGGUCACUCGCACUCGUUUACUUUGGAGAACAACAACAAUGCGACUACCGUCGAUACAGGUUUUAUUGUUGCUCAGGAGGACAUGUACCCAACAGAUAUGUCAUUCAGCGUCUCAGAAGGCAACGGCUCCAUGGUAUGGAGUGGCGUGUCUGUCGGGAGUUUCAUCGGUGAUUGGUCUCGGCUAUGCACGCCCUGGUUCUGGAGACUGGUAUUUGACAUUGUCCGCUUCAACAUCUUUGCAACAGACAUAUUCGGUGAGAAGGCAAAGUCACACCGGACUCGUAGAGAUAACACCGAGACUAGUGACAGGAAGCAUCACAGGUUGGAGUCUGUGGGUGAAUACUUGGAUCGUAAUCGAUAUUCAAAACAAUUCAAGAGAUACUAUCUUGUCCCCAUCACUGCUUCGCCGUGGUAUGAAAAGGAAAAUAUUGUGAGAUACUGA